AAAGGCUGUUAAUGUGUAAACUGAGCUCGACAGCGAGCGGAUAUUUCAUAUAUUUAGUCAUGAAAGAAAUACUUGUUGAUUUGGUGUCUCGGAGCUGACAGAUAAGAUAAACUACUGAUCUUCAGAGACGUUAUUUAAUAAACCAAACGGUCUGCCGGUGGGUGAGUGACCAGUGAUGGAGCUGUCUCAGAGGGACCGGCUGUCGGAGCUGGUGGAGGAGCUGACCACGUCAGGACAGCAACAGCUCAACGAGAACAAGAUGAAGGAAAUCAAGAAGAUCUGCAAAGCGUCUGAUGACUGCAUCGCCCACGUCUACAGCUCAGUGAUGACUCAGCUCAACCACGAUCACGCUGAGGUCCGACUCUCCGCCUUCCAGAUCGCCAGCGAGCUCUUCACCAGAUCUCACCACUUCAGAACGCUGCUGGUCGACAACUUCCAGGAGUUCUUGGAGCUGACAGUGGAGACGGACUCGGAGCAGCCCCUCCCUCCUCCUCAGCAGGUUGCUAGGAAACUGAGGUCUCUGGCCAUCCAGACGGUCCAGUCCUGGCAGAGCAGCUACGGGACGGCAUAUAAGAAGUUAGCGCUGGGCUACCACUUCCUCAAACAGGUCAAGAAGGUGGACUUCCAGGACGCUCAGGCCAGAACAGUCACAGAGAGGAGGAGGGAGGAGGACCGACAGAGGAAGAUGGAGAGGAUCUACAGGGAGAGAGUGGAGGCCGCCACCAGAGACAUGGAGGAGUCGAUCGAGGAGAUGGAGGCGACGCUGACAGAGAUGGAGUCCUGCAUGAGUCUGCUAUUCCCCGAGUUUGAACUCACAGACGUCAGGACCCCCAACAGCAGAUCUCCAGACCCCCAACCAGAACCAGAACCAGCCACCGAUCCGUCAGCUGAUGAUGAAGAACCCUGCUGCAGCAAAGACCUGAGGGACGACAGGAGAGAAGGAGUGGAGCAAGAGAAGGAGGAGAGCAGGAAGGAGAAGGAAAGCAACCAGGAGGAAAAGAUUGAAAAGGAUGACAAAGAGGAGAAGACAAAGAAAAGGGAGAAGAAGGAGAGAGGAGAGGAUGGGAAUGAGCAGGAGGAGAAGAAAGCAAAAGAAGAAGACGAGGGGGAAGAAAAGAAGGGAGAGUCUGAGGGAGAUGAGGAGGAGGAAGAGGAGGAGGGAAGUAGUGAAGAAGAGGAGUCAGAGUCGUUCAUCCGGAGCUCUGGACUCAUCUCUCACUCCUACAACCUGGACCUGAACCUCUCUCCUGGUCUUCAUGUGAAGGAGACGGAGGAUAAUGAGGCAGUGGUUUCCACGGUGAUAGACCUCCAUAAACUGAUAACAACCAAACACCUCCCAGCUGUGCAGAGCUGGCUUCAGGUGUUCACAAAGUCCGGUGCUAACGAGCAGCUGUUGAGGAGAGCGAUGGAUCUGAAGAAUUCUUUAGAAGCUGCUCUGCAGAAACACAAAGAGCUUCACAUCGACUACAAGACCAGAAGAGUCCGUAGAGUGAUGAAAGCUUCUUCAGACGGAGAGGAAGAUGAUGACGAUGAAGAUGAUGAUGAUUUCGACGAGGUUCCAGAGAAAGAAGGAUAUGAGCCGCACAUUCCUGAGCAUCUACGAGCCGAGUAUGGUCUGGAUCCAACUCCUUCCACCUCAGCAGCACCGCUCCCAAAAAAACCUCCUGCUAAAAGACCUGUAGCUCCACCUCCUCCCUCCACCUCCUCCUCCUCCUCCUCCAGGAGGCUGAAGAGACUUAUAGAGGAGGAGCAGGAUCCAACAUGUGCAGCUGCCACACUGCGCCGCCUCCGACAGAACCUCCCUCCUCCUGCAGAGUCCAGCAGCUCUUCGGGUCCCAGUUCGUCCCAGUCCUCCUCAGCCCAGAAGCCUGUUGAUGCUCCUGUGGUUCCCUUUGGUUUGGACCUGUACUACUGGGGCGAGGAGCAGCCCAACGCCGGCAAGAUCAUCAAGUCGACCUCUCAGCACCAGUUCUGGGUUCCCAUCCAGGUGGAUGAGGAGGUGGAGAACGAGGAGCUGCUGGCAGAGAGCAGGAGCAGGUACAUCACCUUCCCCGGGAGCUUCACUCCCGUCAGCCACCACUGCAGAGCUCCUCUGACCAACGGGACGCUGUGUCAGAGACAGGACCGGGUCAAGUGUCCGUUCCAUGGACCCAUCGUUCCUCGGGACGCUGUGGGUCGACCCAGCAGGCAGGAGGACCGACUGAGGGAGGAGCAGGAGGAGAGGAGGAGGAGGGAGGAGCAGCCCGACUGGCGUGAUCCGGAGCUGAUGCGAGACAUCGAGGCAGCGACCGGAGAGGACCUGGGCUCCGACCGGCUGGGGAAGAAAGGCAAAGGGAAAGGGAAGAAGAAGAAAUACCCGAACCUCAGUGACCUGAAGCAGAGCGCCAACACGUCCCGCUCCAGGCUGGAGAAGAAAGUCUUCAACAAGAGCGCCAUGCGUAGAGUCGCCGCUGUGUUGAGUAAAGCCGACAGCAGGAAACACGACAAAUUCUCCAACCAGUUCAACUACUCCCUCAACUGACCUCCAGCCAGCUGAACACGCCUUUAAAUGAACCAGAAUGGACUGAAUACUUUCAUUUAAAAGGACUUAAACUUAUUGAGGUGCACGUACAGUAUAUGAAUCUGAUUAAAAUGAUAUUUAACAUUGUUUGAAUGCUCUGAUGCCGUUUUAUAAGCUUUGAAGGAGAUGGACAAAUGUACAGACUUAUUCCAGUAUGAGUGUGUUCUGCUACUGACACACCUGAUGAUUUCACUCAGGAAAAAUUAAUUUCUUUUGGUUUUAUUUUUCAGCUAAAUACCGCCUUUUUUAUCAGCCAAAUCCAUGUUUUCUUAAUGUAUAUGAUGAUGAUUUGUAUCUUGUUUUUCUAGUGUUUCUAGUUGAAUUUGUUGUUUAUAUUAUUGUGGGAGGAUUGAAGCCACGUGUUAUUAAUGAAGUAAUAAUGCAGAUUAAAACAAAUGUGUCUCUGUCCUCAGCCUGCUUGUGUAAAAUAACUGACAAAAUACCUACCUGUCCUACCUGUAAUAAAUCAACAGCAAA